UUCAUCAAAAAGAAAAAGAGAAAGUAAGAAGAUUCAACACAAAAGAUGAUCUCAGUGGUGAUUAUAACUGAGCUACUAGUAGAGUACACGACGGCUCUCGCCAAACUCACCACCGGGAUUCUCCCACGGCGCACCGGAGAUAGAAACGCCUUACGGAUCGGCGGUUUCCUCCUUCCAGCACCUUCUUCAGCCGCGUCUAGGAUUCCUGAUUUCUCUGCUCAUCUCGUCGAUUUCUGAUUUCUUUUAACACUUUUUUUUGGAUUUUCAGUUCUUGACUUUAGAAUCUGUCUCUCUCUUUUCUCUCUGAUCCUGUCGAUGAGAGGCGGCUGAGAUUUUUACCGAGUGUCUCAUCGUCUCUCUCUCUCUUUUUGCCUCUCCUAGUCAUGAGUCGAAUAGAGCCUUUGUUAGUAGAUACAUAUCUAAUUAAUAUAUAGAGAUGAUUAAUGGUUUUGUUACUAGUAAGUUUGUGAUUAUGAAGCAGAUCUUGACGUCCAUUUUUAUUUUAUGUAAUAACUUUCACAAGUGAGACUGAUCGAAAU